CAGCCCUCACUGACAGAGGCCACCUUUCCUCCGCUGAGGCAGCCAGACCUUGACACAAAGGACAUCGCACGGCCGGGGGAAAAUCCCGGAAGGGCGGAUACCUUGACGUCUCCUUUUGCCGCUUUUCCUUUAUGGCCCGAGAUAUUUAUCGAGUGCCUACUGUGUGCCAGGCACUAUAUCUAUGUGCGUAGAAAAACCCUUGAAGGUUAUACUCCAAUAUAUGUACAGUGAUCAUCUCUGCUUGCUGAGAUAACAGGGGUGUGAACCUUAUAUUUUUGCUGCUAUCCAUUUGUAAAUACACUCAGAAAAGGAGGAUUUGGAUGACAGGUACUUUCUAAACAUGAUGCAUUUCAAAAGUGGACUCGAAUUAACUGAAUUGCAAAACAUGACAGUGCCCGAAGAUGAUAACAUUAGCAAUGAUUCCAAUGAUUUCACCGAGGUAGAAAAUGGUCAGAUAAAUAGCAAGUUUAUUUCUGAUCGUGAAAGUAGAAGGAGUCUCACGAACAGCCAUUUGGAAAAAAAGAAAUGUGAUGACUAUAUUCCAGGAACAACCUCCUUGGGCAUGUCUGUUUUUAACCUAAGCAACGCCAUUAUGGGCAGUGGGAUUUUGGGACUCGCCUUCGCCCUGGCAAAUACCGGAAUCCUACUUUUUCUGGUACUUUUGACUUCAGUAACACUGCUGUCUAUAUAUUCAAUCAACCUUCUGUUGAUCUGUUCAAAGGAAACAGGCUGCAUGGUUUAUGAAAAGCUGGGAGAACAGGUCUUUGGCACCACAGGGAAACUUGUCAUCUUCGGAGCCACCUCCCUACAGAACACUGGAGCAAUGCUGAGCUACCUCUUCAUAGUAAAAAACGAACUACCCUCUGCCAUAAAGUUUCUAAUGGGAAAGGAAGAGACAUUUUCAGCCUGGUACGUGGAUGGCCGUCUUCUGGUGGUGGUAGUUACCUUUGGCAUAAUUCUCCCUCUGUGUCUCUUGAAGAACUUAGGCUAUCUUGGCUAUACUAGUGGAUUUUCCUUGAGCUGUAUGGUUUUCUUCCUAAUUGUGGUUAUAUACAAGAAAUUUCAAAUUCCCUGCGUUGUUCCAGAGCUAAAUUCAACAAUAAGUGCUAAUUCAACAAAUGCUGACAUGUGUACGCCAAAAUAUGUUACCUUCAAUUCAAAGACCGUGUACGCUUUACCAACAAUUGCAUUUGCAUUUGUCUGCCACCCGUCUGUCCUGCCAAUUUACAGCGAGCUUAAAGAUCGAUCACAGAAAAAGAUGCAGAUGGUUUCAAAUAUCUCCUUUUUCGCCAUGUUUGUUAUGUAUUUCUUGACUGCCAUUUUUGGCUACUUGACAUUCUAUGAAAAUGUGCAUUCGGACCUCCUCCACAAGUAUCAGAGUAAAGAUGACAUCCUCAUCCUGACCGUGCGGCUGGCUGUCAUUGUCGCCGUCAUCCUCACGGUGCCGGUGUUAUUCUUCACGGUUCGUUCUUCUUUAUUUGAACUGGCUAAGAAAACAAAGUUUAAUUUAUGUCGUCAUGUCUUGGUGACCUUCAUACUCCUGGUUAUUAUCAACUUGUUGGUGAUCUUCAUACCCUCCAUGAAGGAUAUUUUUGGAGUCGUAGGAGUUACGUCUGCUAAUAUGCUUAUUUUCAUUCUUCCUUCAUCUCUUUAUUUAAAAAUCACAAGCCAAGAUGGAGAUAAAGGAACUCAACAAAUUUGGGCUGCCCUUUUCUUGGGUCUGGGGGUGUUGUUUUCCCUGGUCAGCAUUCCCUUGGUUAUCUACGACUGGGCCUGCUCAUCAAGUGGUGAUGAAGGCCACUGAGACCAGGUGGAAAAGGAAACAGUCAAGUUACCACUCAUCAGCAAGCCCUCAUCACAUCCUUUGCAAGUUUACAGAAGCAAACAGAAAUUUACAAGACACACAAUGGAAUAACACUUUGGUAACAAAACAGA